AUGAAUUACGAGGUUGAAGAAGAAAUUACCGCAUUCUUCGAGAAGACUACAACGACUCGCUCGGCCUGUGACAACUAUGCGAGUAAGCAUCUUCGUGGCAAUGUCACUCCAGUCGACGUGCAAGGUGUGUGUAGCUAUACCGUCUAUGCUGGUCCAAACGCCGAAUUUGUCGUGCAGUAUCGUCUGAAGUCGCUAGCGCUGAACAUGGACAUUAUGAACCUCGUCAAAGCCAUUUACGGUACCUUGACACUCCAUAUCUCUUUCAAGGGAGAGAUUGGGGAACCCCAUGAGAGUAAAGAGCCGCUUUACAUAUACGUGAUGAACCGAAUGCCAGGCAUCUCGCACCUGGCUUUCAUCCUAGCCCAUAACGGUGAUGUACCUGAAAACUCACUCGAAUUUUCUCGCUGGCGCCAAAAUAUUGUGGCUGACAACGCAAAAUUUUUUGCUCUAUCUUGGAAAGGUCCUCAGGAUGUUGAUCAAACGUAUCGCGAGAGCCUAACCCAUCAGUACGAAAGAGACCUGAAUUUGUUACUUGCUUCUCUCCCAAUUCGAUUCCACUCAUUGAUCAAGAAGUCUCUUGACUCGUUGCCAGCCAUCUUUUCAGUUCCCAUGGUGCUACUACACAAUGAUUUGGCGCCUUCAACAUGCUGGUGGACGAAAAUUCUUGCAAUCUGCUCGGUGUGA